UAUAUCUCAUACGUGUAUAAAACACCAGAAUAUUCAUUAAAAUACAAUGAAUUUUCAUACCAUAUGUUUGCUUUUAACACUAGCCAUUGCUUAUAAUGAGGCAAAAGAACAUUAUAAAGUAACCUCGGUCGAAAAGCUCCAGUCUGACCUGGGUGAAGGGCCCCACUGGGAUGAGAAACAGGGUGUUUUAUGGCACACAGAUAUUAACGAGUUUAAAGUGUGCCGGCUCAAUGUUACUAGCGGCGAGUCCGAGUGCACUAAAUUGGAUGAUAUUGCCACCCUGGUACAUCCAUAUCCCAAUGGCGAGGACUUAUUGGUCACCCAGCGUAAUAAGAUGGUCAAACUGAACUGGGCAACUAAAAAAUACACGGUUAUAGGAGAGGUAGCGCCUGAACUGAAGGGUAAGGAGCGUUUCAAUGAUGGAAAGGCUGAUAAGCUUGGU